AUGGUAAUAGUCAACUUUAGAUAUUUUGUCGACUNGAUUGACAAUGAAAAUUCACAGAUCUUCAAAGUCAAGGCCAAGGAGCUUGGUGACAAGUUAUUGCCAGCAUUUAACACUCCAACAGGAAUUCCUUGGGCAAUGGUUAAUUUUGUAAGUGGUAGCGGCCAUAACUGGGGAUGGGCUUCAGGUGGCUGUUCUAUCUUGGCUGAGUUUGGCACACUUCACCUAGAGUUUGUKUAUUUGUCAAAGAUAACUGGAAAUCCUAUCUAUGCAAAAAAGGUUCACAGAGUACGAGAAGUACUUGAUCAGAUUCAAAAACCAAAUGGAUUAUAUCCYAAUUAUUUAAAUCCUCGUAGUGGAGUUUGGGGAUCACAGCAUGUCUCUCUUGGUGCACUUGGGGACAGCUUCUAUGAAUACCUAAUCAAGUCAUGGGUGAUGUCUGGAAAAACAGACACAAAAGCAAAGAAUAUGUAUGAUAAAGCAGUUGAGGCAAUCGAAAGAACAUUAGUCCAGAGAUCACAGAGAUCAAACUUAACAUAUGUUGCAGAAUACAAAUAUGGAAGACUUGAGCAUAAAAUGGACCAUUUGGCAUGUUUCACUGCUGGUAUGUUUGCUCUUGGUGCRAAAGACUCUAAAAAUGAGAAACAUUUCCUUGAUCUUGGUGCUGGUUUAGCCAACACUUGUCAUGAAUCUUACAAAAGGACUGCUACUGGGAUUGGGCCAGAGUCUUUUAGAUUUGAGGGAGGAGCAGAGGCUGUUGCCGUGAGACCAAAUGAAAUGUAUUACAUUUUACGUCCUGAAGUCAUUGAAGGCUGGUUUUACAUGUGGAGAUUYACUCAUGAUAAYAAGUACAGAGACUGGGCCUGGGAGGCWGCUCAGGUACGYAUCAAUAUUGMCAGCUUUCAUGUCCGAGCAGGGUACAAGUUUUGAAAUUGCACAAAUURGUGUGUGASCUACAUUAUCUGAAAGAGCAAAUCUAAAUCAAUAAAAAGGCAAAGUUUGGUGGAAAUCRAGUCAAUAUUUCAAAAAUUAUAGCCAUUCAAAAACUCUUAUUCAUGUGUACAUCUAUAGAUUGUGGGUGCUAGUAAUGCUUUCUCCACAAUCUAUACUGUAUUCUUUUGUAAAUUUUAUAGUUUGUCUUUAUUUUUGAUUUCUCUUUAGAAUAUUGAAAAGCACUGCAGAGUUGACGCUGGCUAUAGUGGYAUAAGAGAUGUGACCUCAUCCCAAGUCCGUCAUGACGACGUCCAACAAAGCUUCUUUCUAGCGGAAACAUUGAAAUAUCUAUAUUUAAUAUUUUCUGACGACAGUCUUUUGCCUYUAGAUAAGUGGGUAUUAAACACAGAAGCACAUCCUCUGCCUGUCAUAGGACGAGAUGAGCUGCCUGGCGCAAUGACAUAGUKUUUUUUAUAAUUUAUAAAGACCUCAUUAUCUCCAAUUUCGGUUGCCGUCCUUUGAAGAAACUAUGAGCCGUAAAUAAGACAAUACAUCCAUCAUUGAAAAUGUUAUGGAAUUUUAUAUUGUGAAAUGUGAAGCAAUUUGAAGAAGUUAUCAAUAAGAGAAAGUAAUUUUAUGGUAUCAUGCAAAGACGUGCUYUCCCCUUGACAUCCCAUAAUUUCUUCAAGUUGGCCAGUCAUAUUACAGUAAUACUAGAAUCCCAAAUACACAUGAAAACAAUCUGGAAAGUAUAACAGACUGUAAUUUAACUUUUUCUAUGUUAAAUUCCAGUAAAAGUAGUAAACUCUGACACGAAUUGAGGUUUUAGACUUAAAUUCACUGGAUUAACAGAAUUUUUAUACGCAUCUGCUGGAUCAGGGUUUUUUUGAUGCAGAAAUGUACAGAUUUCAAGGAUUAGAAUUUUGCCUUCAGAUAAAACCAGGGAAAUAUGUAAAUAAAUUCUCCUGACUAAGAGAUAUUUCAAGGGUUUUAACAUGAGCCCACGUAGCACAUAUAUUUAAUUAUUAUAGUUUAAUGGACUUGAAACAAAAGGAGUAUUUCAAGUUUAUGAAAAUCACUUCAACACAAAUAAAAAUCUKAUAGACAAGAUGUAAUAGUUCAAAUGAAAUUAUCUAGUUAAUCACUACUAAGGUAUUUCUUAUAAUGUAAUAUUUUGCCAAACUUGUUUUCUGUCUUGACUGUUAGAACUGAGAACAUCUUUUACAUUCUGACUGUAUUUGAAUUUUGGUGAUAGAUUGUGCACUAAAUGCUUAGUGGUUAUCAUGACAUAUCUAGGAAACAGCCAAUCACAAGAACUCUGGUAAUGACCAAUUAUUAAUACAUGUAAAAACAACAAUUGUAAAAAAAAACACACAUUGUAAUCGACUGAUUUUUUACAGGAAUCAUUAGCUUCCCCUGUAUAGCGCUUUCUGUGUCCUUUGGGAUCCCUGUGUGCACAAAAAGCCCCUCGCMACCAUUAUUCCUAAUGCAGGGAACCCAAACUAUCAGAACACAGAGUUGRCUAGAUUUGCUGUAGUAAGAUCAUAAUUUUUUUAAGAUAAUAAACCAGUUAACAGAUUCUUUGUGAAUAAAUAUGUAGUAAAAGGAAGAAAAACUAUAGGAAUAUAUGUAAAAGUAAACAACAAUUGCAAAUAAAACAUUAAGUACACAA